AUGAACAGAAAUUUUAUUUUUGUGAGUUUAUUGGCUACUCUUUCCACAGUCAAUACUAUUCCACAUCAACUUUAUAAUAGAACUAAUACCUUUGGACCAUGUUCUAAGGCUCCUCCUGAAACAGUCUUACUCAAUGUAGUACUUUCGCCUGAUCCUGUUAUUGCUGGAAAAAAUGACACUUUUACUAUUGAUGCAAAAUUUAAUGUAGAAGUUACCACUAGUACUAAAUACACCGAGUGUCCAGUUUUACCAGGUACAGAAAUGACUGCAAAAGUACCAGUUCCGGCUGUAGUUGCGUUUGUUGGUGAAUUUUCUCCCGAUGAGCUUGAUUUUAAUUUUUUAUUUACUAAUAGUUUCAAUACUAAGAAAUGA